GCCCACGCUGCUCUUUCACCCGGUCUGGAGACAGCGUAUGGGGAAAUGAUUUGAGUGGGCCGCUUUAGCACCUGAUGCAGCCAAUUACCUCCCCUUAGCAUCGGACUAGAUUCGAGACGGAGCAGACGGCCCAUGGCAUACGUCGUUUACCAAAGCUCCCUGCAUGGUCUGUUUGCAAAUAAAUGAACUGCCUUCCCCAGAUUCGUCCUCUUCCCCAGACUCCUCCAACCACUCUCCGACUUGACCUUUCUCAGCAGGAACAGUCUCGAGCAGUCACAAUGGCAACAGCACAUGAACACAACGUCCAACGCGGCCCCAGCGUUGACAAGGAGACCAAUGGUGUCGACUAUGCACAAAACGGCAGCAACGGUGCUGCGCAGAGGAGGCCAUACGAUUAUGGUGGUAAUCCCCUCGCACACGUUGCUACCAACGACCCCGAGCUCCGCCUUGCUGCCUUCGGUGGUGAAUUCCAGCCCGGACUAUACCGCCCACCGAGCCACAAGUUCGCCAACCCUGCUCCUCUCGGUCUCUCAGCUUUUGCUCUCACCACCUUCGUCUUGUCGUUGAUCAACGUCAAUACACGAAGCAUUGGCUCGCCCAGUAUUGUUGUUGCUCUCGCCUACGGCUAUGGAGGCCUCGUCCAGCUUCUCGCUGGUAUGUGGGAGAUGGCCGUCGGUAACACCUUUGGUGCCACCGCUCUCUCGUCCUACGGAGGUUUCUGGUUGUCAUUCGCCAUCAUUCUGACCCCCGGCGGUUUCGCGAUCGAGACCGGUCUUGCUAAGAUCAGCGAGGCUACUUUUCUCAACUCCUUCGGCCUGUACCUGAUGGGAUGGUUUUGUUUUACCACGAUUCUCCUGCUUUGCACCCUGCGCUCCACUGUGGCAUUCUUCUCGCUCUUCUUCACGCUUGAUUUAGCAUUCCUUCUGCUUGGUAUCGGCUACCUUAACAACAAUGGCGUACACCCUCAGGAGCAAUGUAUAAUUGCUGGUGGUGCCUUUGGCCUCAUGGCCGCGUUUCUUGCCUGGUAUAAUGCCCUUGCCGGUCUUGCCGACAGCUCAAACAGCUUCUUCGUUAUCCCCGUAGCUCACUUCCCCUGGUCCGACAAGGGCCGCGAGCGUCGUGAGAAGGUCGACAACUCUGCCCACCGCGCCGCUUAAGCGAACUAUGCUUCGCAUCCUCCAUCGCCGCCGAUUGACUGGGGAGGCAGAAUAAUGAAUCAGUCUCAUAUUUACGACUGAUGGAUACGGAAGUUGAUCAUUUGGAUACCCCCGACGACGAUGGACUAUAAUAUUGCUUACACACUGACAUUGAAUAUGAGCUGCUAUGUACGCCAUUAAUACUAUUUACUACAACUACA